UGGGCUCAUCAUGGGUGUGGAGGGGUCCAAGACUUGACACGCAUGCUCACACAGCUCACGUCCACAGACGUGUUCACCCUCACCACACGCAUCACUCUGCACUCUGGGGCCGCGUCUGGAUGACCACGGCCUUCUGUGCUGUGCUGUUGUUCAGAUCCUGCUGGCUGGCUCCGUGAGUCAAGCGGUCUGUAGCUGGGGGGCCUCUGAGGGCGCACACAGUGGGGUGACAGGCAGCCCUGCUGAAGAAAAAGUGCACCCGUGCCUGAGGUGGGAGGAUGUGAUGACGCGGUGCCCCCGCGCAGCGGGAACUCGGGCCUUUAAAAAGCUGAGGAAACAUCCUCUGAGCAAGCAGUGGCUACACUGGAGGAAAGCACACCCAGGUCUCACAUUCAAGAAGCCAAACUGUCUGCUUCAAAGAGAAAAGGCAACAUCCUGUCACAGGCCAUGCUCUGGCAAAAACCCACAGCUCCAGAACAAGCCCCGGCCCCACCCCGGCCGUACCAGGGGGUCCGCGUGAAGGAGCCCGUGAAGGAACUGCUCCGGAGGAAACGUGGCCACGCCGGCAGCGGGGCGGCUGUCACACCUACGGCGGUGGUGCUGCCCCAUCAGCCCCUGGCGACCUACACCGCAGUGGGUCCUUCCUGCCUUGACAUGGAGGUCUCUGCUUCCACGGUGACGGAGGAGGGGGCCCUGUGUGCCGGCUGGCUCUCCCAGCCUGCCCCGGCCACCCUCCAACCCCUGGCCCCGUGGACACCCUACACAGAGUAUGUGUCCCACGAAGCCGUCAGCUGCCCCUACUCAGCGGACAUGUACGUGCAGCCCAUGUGCCCGAGCUACACGGUGGUGGGGCCCUCCUCUGUGCUGACCUACGCCUCCCAGCCGCUCAUCACUAACGUCACGACGAGAAGUGCGGCUGCGCCCACAGUGGGGCCCCAGCUGGAGGGCCCGGAGCACCAGGCGCCCCUCACCUACUUCCCGUGGCCUCAGCCCCUGUCCACACUGCCCACCUCCACCCUGCAGUACCAGCCUCCGGCCCCAGCCCUGCCCGGGCCCCAGUUUGUCCAGCUGCCCAUCUCCAUCCCCGAGCCCGUCCUCCAGGACAUGGAAGACCCCAGGAGAGCCAUGAAUUCCCUGACCAUCGACAAGCUGCUUUUGGAAGAAGAGGAUGGUGACGCCUACGCACUCAACCACACGCUCUCUGUGGAAGGCUUUUAGGGUGCGCUCCCGCCUGAGAAUCCUGUUCCCUGAAACUGGGAUUUAAAACAGGAUUUAAAACAGGGAACAGGAUUCACAUCUGUUUGGAGUAGCCAUGUUACGACUACACUUUGCACCCCAAACUAGAAUGAUAGACUUUCCCUCCUCCUUCCUUCCCUCCCUCCUUCCUUUUCCCUUCCUGCCUCCCUCCCUCCCUCCCUUCUAUCCUUUCUCAUUUCUUUUUCCAUUUCUCUUCCUUUUGAAAAAUGAAUUGUAGGGAUCUUAGUGAUGAUAUUGAAGCCAGCGUUGCAAGCCUAGGACCCCGGGGCUUUGAUUUCUGCCUCGAGCAUUCACCGGAGUAGCAGUGUGGCUGAGCCGGCUUCGGGCCUGGAUGCCCUGCCCCACCCUCUGUCAUUUAGUGAUGGAUGCCGUGUCCUGCCACACCUCCAAGGGCAGACCCAAUGCCAGACUCCUUGAGCUAUCAGUAUCCACAGUUGCUCCUUUGUUUGCUGUUCUCAGUGCUGGCCAGAUUUAGUCUCAGGCAGCGGAGUCUCAAGGCCUGGGGCUCAGUGAGGCGGUGGGGGGGAGGGGGUAGUCCCGGGAGAAAAGGGAACAUCAGAGUGGGUAGGGGCUGGGUCAGGGGACAGAGGAGGGAGGGGAACGAGGUAUGGGUAUAUGAGGGAGUGGGUGAGGUUGGGUUGGAAGAAAGGUUGGGUUGAGAGAAGGAGGGGCUGAGGACCCAUUUAGCUCCAGAUUACUGGGUUAUUAAGAAGGAGAAUAAACUUAAGAAAAAUAUUGGUUUAAUGGGUGGUUUUGCUGCUCUCCUUGAGAAUACUUGCAAGGAAAGCUGGGCUCUUGUAAUCGGGAGGAUUAAUAUGCCUCACUGCCCCCUCCCGUGGGCAGACCCUCGGGGGUGCUUGCUGGGUAAGGGACCAAGACCCACCGAAGCCCAGGGGUGAUGGUGUCCUCGCUGAGUGCUGCCUCACGUGCUUCUUGCGUGUCUUAAAAACCUCCGUAAGCCACUGUUAUGUAGAGCCAAGGCCUCCUUCCUAAACACUGUCCUUCCUGGGGGCUUCUAGAGCCUCAGCUGGAAGAACCGCUAGGUUUCAUUUCGAUUUUUAUUGUUUUGCUGGGGAAACUUCAGAUUUGCAGGUGCUUGGGCACACUUGUUGCUGGGGAUGCAGAGCCGCUGUCGCGGCCGUGUGCUUUCAGAACUGGCACGUCUGUCCGCUGAUACCACUGUCAGCGUCAGGCAGACACAUUAGUUGGCAGAAUCCAUGGCCAAGGAAUAAACUUUUCUCAGAAAUGACAGCUUCGUGGACACAUUUUCUUUCCCAUCUUAAGUAAAAACUCUAGAAAGUUGCCUUUUAUUGGAUUUUUUUUCUGCUGCGGGAUUAUUUUGACCCACAUUUCUUAGCAUCUGCCUAAAAUCCCAAUACGAAUACCUUGAAUUGUUUUUAUUCAGACUUAAUAUUUAGAUUUUAAAGGUUAAAAUUUUUGAUACCAAAUUUACAUCUUUGUUGGUCGUGGCGGUGAGUAGACAAAGGAGCGGAAGUCUCAGGCCUGUUUGGUUUCCUAGAGAAAACACUAUGCAAGAUUUUUCAGCUUAUUAUUUGAGGGUUUGCGACUAUGCAGAAGCAAUCUCCAUAAGGGGGUUUAAAUUGGCAAAAACUAGCAUAGAAAUAAAGUACUUUAAGUAUUUGCUAAGAUUUAUACAGUCUUUUUUUUCUCCUUAUCUUGAGGUAAAAGGUCUUGGUUGUAAUAGUCUCUCUAGAUUUCUUCCUGGGUUUUCCUGCUAAGAUGGAAACAUUUUAAUAAAGAUUUACUCAGAC